AUGGAGAGGACGAGGUUGAGGAAGUUGAGGAGGGUGAGGACGGCGGAGUGGAUUGGUGGGCUGGGGGAGGGGCAUGCGGAGGGUGAGAGGAAGGAGGGUGGGAGAGGGGGGGCUGGGGAGAAGGAGGAGAAGGAGGAGGGUGGUGAGGAGGAGAAGGUUGAUGUGGGGGAUGGGGAAGAGAAGUUGGAGGAGGGCGGUGAGGAAGAGAAGGCAGACGUGGGAGAUGGGGAAGAGAUGGAGACACACGAGGAAGCGGAGUCAGACUCUGAGACAAGUUCCGAAACAGUAAAGGAGAAGGUCUGGAAGGGGAAGGAGAGGGCGGUAGAGCAGGACUCGGAAGGUUCGUGUUCUAGUUGCCUGGAGGCGCAGGGGAAGAUAGAGGAGCAAGAAGGCGAUGUCCUAAAAGAGUGCAAGAGAGAGCAGAAUGACGAAGACGACGAUGAAGACAAUGAUGAAGGCGAUGAUGAAGACGAUGAUGAAGACAAUGAUGAAUUGUCACAGACAGGCUCAGACAAAGAUCCUGAAUGGGUAAAGAGCUGGAAACAGGUCGUGAUGGCGUCUAGAGCUCAGGUUGGCAGUCCUGCACAUAGGGCAGCCGAGCAACGGCUCUCUGGUACUAGGCUCUCGUAUCGUAGCGAGGACCAGAUUAAAGCUUUGCGGCCUAGAUCACAUUGA